AUGACGCGUGGAAACCAGCGGGACACGGACCGUGCGCGUGCUCAGGCGCGUCAAGCGAAGCAUAAUCCGAGCGGGAGUCAGGGCAAUCCGUUGGCGAAGCGGGAGGCGGACGCCAAGGCGCUGCAGGAGAAGAUUGCGCGGAAAGAGAAGCUCAAGGCAGAAGGGGGCAAUGUCAGUGGGAGCGGUACCAAGGGCAAGAAUGGCAAGCAGCAGCAGCAGCAGCAGCAACAGCAACAGCAACAGAAACAGCAGCCGCAGAAAAAGAAGAAGUAG